ACGUGGUCAAUUUGUGUGCGAAGAGUGUAAUUUUGUCAUCGUCGCCGCAGUUCGAUCGUCGUCGCAUCCGUUCCCGGACGGUUCUCUGGUGCGUUUUUCUUCCUUCUGGUCCGUCGUUGUGUGUCCGAUCCGUGGUGUCCCCGUGGAACCUGCCAGCACAAAGGUGUGCACCGUGUGCGUGUUAGUGUGUAUCGGAUUACCUUUUCCGGAGGAGAAGCGCAGUGCAAAAAUUUGACCGCGCAGUAUCGACAACACCCGUAGGAUCAAACCCCCGGUAGCCGCGAGCAAACAAUGCAAAUAUGGACCUGUCCGUGCUCAUCGUAAUGUUCGUCGCGACCCUGCUCGUGCUCGUUGGUCUGUACUUUUUCCUGAUGAAGCCCCUGGCCGGCAAGUCGUACGAAGAGAUGCAGAAGGAGAAGCUCGCGAUGCGCGAGAAGAUUAUGGGAACCGGUGCCGGUGCCGCCACCAGCGCCAAGUCGUCCAAGGAUAACGCCAACAAGAAAACGAAAAAGGUCAACAAGAACAAGCAGCAGCAGAAGCAGAAGGCCGCCGUCAAGGACUCCGACCAGGACUCGGUGGUGGAGACCGAAUCGGCCGAGUCCGAGUUUGAGGAGGAGAUCAACCCGCUGACCUACGCCAAGAAGAAGGUGAACGCGAGCGUCGAGUACGCCGAGACGGAAGCGUUUGCGCUGAACGCCGACGGGCAUGGAAAGAAAAAGGACAAACCAAACCAGGGCAAGAAGAACAACAAGCAAAAGGGAGGCAUUCUGCUGAACAAGUCGGAACCGGUGCUGGUGAAGCAGGAGUCGGCCCAGGAGAUCAACCACUUUGAGGAGAUUCACCCGAAGGAUGCGCUGGAAAUCGCUCGUCAACACAAAGAGGAAGACGCUAAGAAGUCUCAGCCGAAGGAAGUCGCGGACAAGGCCCGUCAACCUGCCGCUGCCACCACCGCUGCCGUGAAGAAGGAGGAAGAAGUCAAGACCAAAUCUCACCCCAAGGAUCAACGCAAGCAAAAGAACAAGGAGAACGCCAAGCCACCGCUGACCAAAACUAGCGCCGUUGAGGAGAUUCCGGUCGUGCCGGCUGUGGUGGCCCCGGUAGUGAUGGCCAACCCCGUUGCAGCCCCCGCCGAAGUCAAGUCGUCCGCCAACGUCGUCAACAAGGACAAGUCCAACAAGAAGAAGAAGAACGAACUCAUCACCCAGCAGCUGGCCGCCGAAGUGCACGACGCCGUCAACGUCCAAUCGCUGGUGCGCAUCCUCGCCAAGGCCGACCUGCCCCGCAACGAUAUUCAAAUUUUGAUCGACUUUCUGCUGAACAAGCAGCAGGACACGCUUACGAAGGACCCGUCCGAGUGGAACGACCCCUCGGACCCGCUGCAGAAGCUCAAGAAGCAGCUCCAGGAAAAGCAAAACCAACUCGACGAGGAACAGAAGGGCGCCGCCGGCCUUCACGCCAAGCUCAAGGAGCUGCGCCAGGAGUUGAACAGCGAGAAAUCUCAGGCCAGCGCCGUCGUCAAGGGCUUCAACGAGGAGCUCAACAACAAGAAACUCGAAGUCCAGAGCCUGUCCCAGCAGCUGCAGCUCGUUUCGGACAAGUACUCGGCCGAAAAGCAAGCCCUCACCCACCAGUUCCAGCAGCUGCAGGCCAAGUACGUGCAGCUGUCGGAGAAGCAUGCCGCCGCCCAGGAAGGCGUCGCCAGCGUUGCCCAACUCAACGAGAACAUGCAAAUCCUACAGCGCGAACUCAUGACCAAGAGCCAACUGCUGAACGAGAAGCUGCAGGUCGAAGAGGAACUGCUCAAGAAGAAGACUGAAUACGAGAUGCUGCUCCGCAGCAAAGACGAAGCCCUCCAGCAGCGUGCACAAGACGUUGCCGCGUACGAGGCCGAACUGCAGCAGCUGCGCGUCGUCGCCACCCAAAAGGACGAGCUGGCCAAAUCCUGCCAGCAGCAGAGCUUCGAAAUCGACCAACUCAAAUCCCAACUGGGCGAGCUCCAGCUCAAGCAGAAGCAGGCAGCGGCCGCCAGCAACCAGGUCGAGGAGAGCAGCAAGGUCGAACUCCGAAACCUCCAGAAUGCCUUAGACUCGAGCAAAACGGAGCUGGCCGGCUGCCGGGCCGAGCUCGUCGCCGCCAAGUCCCGCUCCGGCGACCAGGACCAGCAGCUGAAGGAGCUGCGCGUCCGCGAGGAGGACCUCCAGAAGCAGCUGCACGAGCAGCGCGAGAAGAACAAUGAUUUGCGCAUGAAGAACUGGAAGUUGAUAGAGGCACUGCAAGUGGCCCAAAGCAAAACGGCCACCACUAACACGAGUCAAAGUAGCAAAGUUGAAUUGACGGCGGCGGCCAGUAAAAUUGCGUCCAACCAUGUCGUCGUGGAAGCGCCCGCACCCAAGGUCGACAUCGACAAGGUCAUCCUGGAGGAACAGAACCGCACCAAGGAUCUGCUGGUGAAGCUGCUCCCGACGGAGAUCGUCUCGGCACUGCCACUGGACGCGGCCAACUUUUACAGCUGGCUCGAGUCCACCGUUGUCUGCAUCCAGGAGCAGCAGCAGGAGUGCAUCCGAACUGCCACAGAAGCUGCUGCUGCGGCGGCGGCGGCGGCUGCCUCGGUCGCGGUCACCACCACCACCACCAACAGUAAUAAUAGCACCGAGGUGGGGCACCUCAACUGCAAUAGUAGGAGUAGUAACAAUAAUAGUAGUUUAUACGAAAAUAAUGACGCCAACGGCAACGACGGCAGCAAUAAGAAUGGUGCCCCCGAGGGAGACCUGGAGGACCAGCAGGUGCUGGCGCAGCGGAACGAACAGCUCCAGAAGACCGUCGAUCAGUACAAGACGAUCAUCGCGGACACGGAAAUCAUGCUGAAAAACCUAGAAUCGAAAGUAAUCGAACAGGACAUCCACUGGCGCUCGGUGGUGCAAGCGAAAGAGAAAGAACUGAACCUGCUCAAGUCGGCCGGCGCGAUGCAGUAGUGUUGAGAGCGCGUGCGCGUGAGAGUGUGUGAACGAGCGAGCGUGCGAGCGAAAUUGAGUGAGUGAUCGAAGAUCGAUGUGACAACCCCCGCGAGACUUUGGUAAGGUAAGAAGAAGUGAUCAGCGUUGGGUUCCGGGUCACUGGGUAGGGUCACACUCGCAGCUGCCUUGUAGAGAUAUAACGCGCCCGCGGAAUUCUUAUGUAUCCCGAAAGUAUUGCCAGGAUAUUUUUGCUCGGAUUACGACAUAAAGACAUGUUCCCUUUUUUUCUUCUUCUUGCUCUUUCUUUCACAGACCGUGACUAAAAGAAGAGGACUGAAUCGCGCGCGAAAGUAGUGAUCGCCACACAAAAACACACACCUCCACACACAGAUUAUCUCGAAUUUCAGUCCUAGAUCGUACCGAGUUUUGUCAAAAUUCAUCCUAUUAUCGGUAGAACAAAAAAAUCUUAGAGUUUCAAAGCGCCACACCUAAAAAGCCGGUCUUGAGAAGGGGUGUCGUGCGUGCAAAUCAUGCUCAAAUUCGAUCCAAUAGUUGCUUUUUAUGAAAUCAAAAUUUGUCCGGACCGUCACCAAACAGGCUCGGUAGGACGAUGAGCUGACUGUGUUCUGGCAGAUGAGACUGUGACCCGAAACGUGACCCCGAACCGUGUAGACUUUCCGAGUGAAAGGGAGAGAUACAUAAGUGUUAUUAGUAUGAGAACAAACUAUUGUGAAUUUUUAGGAUGGGAUACGAGUAUAAAUUACCCAAAUUAAUCAGUUGUAGUAUAUUCACAUACGAAAAACGCAUUUUGUUUCGCUUUCCGCAUUUCCGAAACUGAAGGAAUCCUGGUUUAUUUUUUUGGUACCGCUGCGAAAAUCAAAAGAGAGGUUAGCAUUUUCCUUUUUAAUAAGAGCCCAAUUCCAAACAGUGAAGCGAAAAACGUUGUACAUGUAAACUAAGAGAAAUAAUGACUAAUAUACUCCCCUACCCCGCCCAUGCUGCUGAAAACGCAAGAACCCUCUCACAGACAAACGUACGUAAAUCUGCUUUAGAAUUUCGUCAUGCAACAUUUUAACGGUCAAUUCAAAAUGUUUGGAAGCUCACCACGGCAGUUUUGAACUCACCACAGCUCUGGUUUUGACGCCUUUGGCAGUUUGUUGAAAAUUCAAUAGAGCAGUUCGGUUUCAAUUAACGAUUUCCAAAUAUUCGAAAAAAUAUUACUUAAAUCAGAUUUUUGCAAAUAUGAGUUGAAAUAGUUAAAUUUUACCCUUAAUCGGUUAAAGGAGGUGGCAAACAAACAAACUUAUCCUACAACUUUACAAAACAUUAUCAAUCAGAAACACCCUUAUCGAAAUACUGAUUUUUGGAUAUUUGCACAGCAAUUCUUUAAUGGUCAGCCCAAAAAUUAGUAUGGACAAAUCUGUCAUGAAAAAUUGCUUCUUUUGACAUCCAGUUUAAGACCGUUGCAAAUAUUUUUCAAAGUUUCGCAGCAAGCCGUAGUCGAAAAUGAUGGCCAUUAUGCGCAGAGCGACCUAAAUUUUUAACGCAUCGAUUUCCCUCGAACAUAUUUUAGUGAGAAAUUGAUAUUUUCGCAACAGGCAACAGGUUGCGCUAGUGAGCAAUCUUUUUUUUAUUUUUUUAUUUGUGGAUUUUCACUAAUAUAUGAAAACCCAGCAAGAAUCUGUAUACCGAUUUACAUGAAUUUAUUUGAUCAAGUACGAUUUAGUUUUAAACUUCUCAUCACUCAUAUAGUGCGUAGCGAGCCACAUUUUGUCACCGAAUUUACUACGUAAAAAAAACCCUGAGAAAAUCUUCCAGCGUAGAAGCAACCAACAUACACGUAACAUUAGACACGAAAGAACAAGAAAAUGAAAACACUCUCAAUUAAGUAAUCAAUGUCCCUUAUAUGUUGCCCCUCAAUCGACCGAUUGUUAAAAACAAUGAAUAUCUACGUAUAUUUAGUACUAAAGAAACGUUACUCCUUCAUUAACCACCAACACACACAGUUUAUACUUUUUAAGCCACGUUAACCCCAUCUUUUAUUUGUGUUUGCUCGAGAAAGAUUCCAUCGAAUCAAGUUUAGUGCAACAAGCCGACUCCUGCUUGUUGCAAAAAUGCCCUACUAUUUAUUUCCCGACUUGUUGAAACACACGAAAGUAAAAGGACAAACUUAUAAAAAAAACUAAAUGUGUACCCCCCUCAAACCAGUAUCGUGGAAGAGAGAGAGAGCGCGCGCACGAAAUCGAGAUAGAGAAGAAAUCCACGUUUGCGCGCGAGCGUCGCUGAAAAAGACAUGUGAAAUAUUAUUUUUUAUACAUAAAAGAAAGGAUAAAAAUGAAUAACUAGAAAGUAACAGUUAGAUAAAUCAUAUACAUAUAUUAUAUCUUCUAGGAGAACAAACAAAAAGAACUAUGAAUGAGUAAAAAGAGCAAAUUGUGCGCGCAAAUGACAGCAUCCGCGAGAAAGAGAAUGACUAUUGGCUGAGCAGAAGAAAAAGCCCAAAAACUGAGUUGUCGUCAACCGAGACUAUAAAUUACGAUUACCUAAAAAAAAAAAAAAAAACAAAUGAAUGCACAGAAAGCUUUCCGUGAUGCCCCGUGAAAAUGUAGAAGGAGAAGAGGAAAAAAGAAAUAAAAAAAAACAAAGAUUCCGUUUUCUUUUUUGGAUUACACACACUCAAAUUGACGAUCAGACGCGUCGUCAAACGUAAAACAGAAAUUAAACCCUUAUUCAAUGCAACAAAAAACAAA